CCAAAGUAAACAACACCUGUUUUUUGUAUCAAUCACUUCACUCGGACGACCUCCAUGCUCACAAUUAUUUUGGGUGACAACUUCGCUCCGCAAAGGAUGGAGGGUGAAGACUGCAGUGUGGAUCGUGACAGGGGUACCAAGUAGACAAGUUGGAUUUCGUUGGAAGAACUUGGAGGCGGGCUUUGAUAGUAAAAUUGAAAACAUCCUUGCCAAUUGACACUAUGGGGUGAGAAAGGGAAUAAUUUGCAGAUGGUGUAACAACAGCAAGGUGUGUAUUGAUGCAUGGCAGAUUCCCAUGGGUUUCUGUGCACUCUCUCGUCACCACGAGACCUUUGUCCCAUAGCUUAAAAGUGUUGGUAAGAGCUAGUAAUAAACAACGGGUCAAGGUUUGUGUAGUGCUGAGUCCUCGCCCCGGGCUCACACGCUGAACACACAUUCAAGUGAGCGCCCCGAGUUUGAUCCGGCGCUGAUCAUCCAGCUGCACCAGCUCACUAUGGGCCCACAUGCCGGCCACGCACUGACUUUUAUUCUCCUGUUGUCAUGCGUUGUCACAGCGCUGGGCCAGACCUGUGAAGGCCGGUGUGGAGAAAGGUUGGAGUCCUGCUCUUGCCAUCCAACGUGUGCGUCUCUGAAGACAUGCUGUGGAGACUAUAAAGUGUACUGUGUGGAAACCCAGCCUUAUUCAGGAUCCAGUUUUGGUGGGACAGAUUUCACUAUCCUGCAUGCAACUUUCAAUCCAACUUCACAGAUUGUAUGCCGGUUCAACAAUGCUGUCAACACGGUUGGAUAUGUGGACGAACACAGACGUGCUCACUGCAUUUCGCCCUUAUUGUACCAAACUGGAUGGGUUCCCUUGCAUAUCUCUGCCGAUAACGGCACAACCUUUACACGAACUGGGGCCUGGCUGUUAGUACAUACCGGCAAGUUGGAUGCUGGCUUCAAAGCCGUGUUGGAAAAUGCAACCCAGUGGCAGUACUACGGGACCCCAAAUGUAGGAGGCCCCCUGAAGAUGGAAUGGAACUCAUCUCUGGUCAAAGCAGAAACGGUCAACAUAGAGCUAUGGGGCUACAGCGAGACAGGUGAGCCGUACUCUGAGGCUUGGCACGGGAAGUGGGAGUACCUGUACUCCCUGGCCACGCGUCAGCCCAACAACGGCGCGUUUAGUUUUGUGCCUCAGCCGGCACAGCAUGGUUUCUCUGCCUGGGAGCUGGGCAGCGUACGCAUCAGCCCCAGCACCUACUCGGACGGCGAGUGGAACGUGCACGCCUUGUGGACCGAGGACCACGCUCUGGCCUGGCACCUGGGUCAGGAGUUCAGGCAGAACUCAGCCGCCUGGGCCCUGGAGAAGUGUCUGGCGUGGGAUGCACUGGAGGGCCGGCUGCCUAACUUCCUGGAGGAGACCAUCGACUGCCCCUGCACCCUGGCGCAAGCCAGGGCCGACACGGGCCGCUUUCAUACCGACUAUGGGUGUGAUUUGGAAAAAGGAAGUGUGUGCACUUACCAUCCAGGAAGUGUCCACUGUGUCAGGGCUAUAAAUGCGAGUCCAAAGUACGGAGCAGGCCAGCAGUGCUGCUACGACCACUCUGGGGCCCAGGUCCUGACAGCCGACUCCAUCGGGGGGAGCACCCCGGACAGGGCCCACGACUGGGGCUCGCCCCCCUACCGGAGGCCUCCCCGCAUCCCGGGCGUGUCCCACUGGGUCUACGACGUCCUGAGCUUCUACUACUGCUGCCUGUGGUCGGACCACUGCCAGUACUACUUCAAACACCGGCCCUCCAGUGACUGCAGGUCCUACCGGUCGCCUCGAUCAGGCGCUGUGUUCGGAGACCCCCACUUCAUAACGUUCGACGGGGUGACCUACUCCUUCAACGGCAAGGGGGAGUAUUCCCUGGUGGUCUCGGAGAGCAGGGGGCUGGUGAUCCAGGGUAGGACUACACCCGUCUCGCUCCCGGACGAAACUACUGCGAACGCGACAAAGGUGUCAGCCGUGGCCAUGAGGGAGGCCUCCUCCGAUGUGAUCGAGGUGCGCCUGGGGGGGGUCGGGGACCGGCUGGAGGUCCUGCAGAACCAGAGGGCCCUGUCCUUCACCGAGCAGAGUUGGAUGGACCUGACUGGAGUGUUUGUGUUUUCUCCGAACCCCAACAACGUGACGGUGAUGUUCCCGUCCGGAGCUGGGGUGGAGCUACGCCUCAUAGAGGGAACCGUGACGACCACGGUGCUCCUGCCAGAGGACUUCCACGGCGCCACGCUGGGCAUGUUGGGAAAAAUGAACGGCGACCCCGCCGACGAUCUGACCACCCCCGACGGCCAGACCGUGUCCAUCCAGAGCACUCCCCAAGAGUUGUUUGAAUUUGGAAGCCACUGGGCUAUUGCCAACGAGUCUUCGUUGUUGACCUACGAUUCCGACUACCUUUUGGACACAUACUUCUACGCUCCCCGGCAUGACCCUAGUUUUAUUCCUGCGUUUUCCAUCCCCGAUAAUGAACAUGAUCCCCUGAAGGAACAGGCCUCCAAGAUAUGCUCCGGAGAUGGUGAUGCAUAUUGCAGGUAUGAUGUGCUGGUGGGCCGCAGUCCAGCUCUUGGGAACGCCACUAAGAUAUCCUACCUGAGUCACCUGGCCCUUGUGGACGACCUGAAGCCAGUGGUUUCCUGUGGCCAUCUGUCCCCGCCAGCCAACGGGAAGAAGUUAGGGACCCGCUACCUGGUGGGAGCCACGGUGAACCUGUCAUGUGACGAGGGCUACGGUAUGACGGGCUCCGCACAGCGAACCUGCCAGGAGAACGGACUCUGGUCGGGGGAAACCACUACCUGCGUGGUUCCAGAUAACAUCACUGGAAUUGUGGUUGGAUCAGUCAUAGGAGGAAUUGCACUGAUCCUAAUAGUAACAACACUCAUACUGAAAUACAGAGGAAAAAGUACGGCAGAUCCUGACAUGGUUGUGAGUGAGGGCUUCUAAACAAGAUGAGAACAUGUUUUUAUCUCACACGUUGAAGAUGAAAACUAUGCACUGUUUAAAGUUACAUUUGACAAGCUGGUGGAGAACCGAAGUGAUCGUAAGGCAUCUGGAUAUUUUGGAUUAAAUAUCCUCCACAUCUAGAUUUACUAUCAUUAACACUCACUGAUUUAUGCUUAUUUAUUUAAUAUCAGCAUAUAUUUCUAUAUUUCUUGGUAUAAGCAUAGCAAAGAACUAUCUCCGUAGCUAUUGGAGCUUUUGAGUUUCUGGAGAAGUAUCCCUGUGGUUUGCUUGGUCUGAUCUAAGAUUUGAGAUUAAUUGUAAAAGUUAAAAAAUGUCUACAAAUGCUUAAUUAAUUCUUUAAGGCUUCAACUUAUACAAAUGAAAUAAACAUAUAUUGAAUGCUUAUGUUUUGUAUUUUUUCUGACCUGCUU